AUGACUACUUCAACAAAGACAACAACAACUACUACAACAUCAUUAUCUUCAAGAAUAAUAAGUAAGAAGAGAGUAAAGUUAGAUGGUGCUAGUGUUGUUGUGGAGAGUGAGGAUGAUAAGUUGGGCAAUGCAAUAAAGAAGAUAGAGGGUGAUACGUUGUAUAGACACUUUAGAACACCUCAGGUGUUUAGAAGUUGGUUACAAGAUAAUCACAAGACAUCCAAAGAGAUAUUCAUUUGUUUCUAUACAAAGGCAUCUGGCAAGAUGGACAAAUGCAUCAGUUAUGUCGAGGCACUGGACGUGGCCCUGUGCUUUGGCUGGAUUGAUGGUGUGCGCAGGAGGAUAGAUGAAGAGUCCUACUGCAAUCGUUUCACGCCUCGUCGUGCCGAUGGCAAAUCUAAUUGGAGCAGUAUCAACAUCAACAAGGUGGAGGAGUUGAUCAAACAGAAUUUGAUGACCGAGGCCGGUCUGCUUGCCUAUUCCAAGCGCAUGGUGGCAACUGUCCACGAUGCCAUUAAGAUGGAGAACAAAAAGAUUGAUGGUCAGUAUCUCGAGAGGUUAAAGUCAGAGAAGAAAGCCUACAAAUACUUCCUGUCAACAACUGAAUCCUAUCAAAGGAUGGCCAACAGAUAUGUAAUGUUACCAGUCAGAGAGCAGACAAUAUGGGGACGAUUGGACAAGCUAAUCGAAGCGUCCAAGAAACAGGAGAAGAUGUAUCCAUUCAAUACAACAGCCGCAGAGAAGAAGAAGACGACCGCCAAGAACAAAAGGAAGCAAGAGUCAUCGUCCGAAGAUGAAAGUGAAUAUUCUUCAGAGGAGGAUGACGAGUCUGAGGACCAGUCAUCAUCUUCAUCGACUGAUUAA